GGAGGACAGAAAAAACAAAAAUCCACCCGGGCGUCCAUCUUGAAUACAGUAAGCCAACGGUGACUGACAGCAACGGAGAGGGAAAUCGGGAUAAAUUGAGUUCCGACCGCUCUAAAAAGUCAACCGACCGUGAGCACCGGGACAAUACAUAUUGAAGGAUUACAUUUAGUGACAUUAUCUGGCAAUUCCGUCUCAUUUUUGGCGUCAUAUUCCCGACGGGGCUGUUGAAGUUAUUUCGGAGGCUGUACGUGCUAAGCUUUAUUCAGCCGUCGAAAUCUCUUAGUUUAAAACGACUGUUUGUUUUAACUACAUACCUUAGCAGUUCUGGAGACGCUUUGUGAGGUCGGGAAUUGCAGGUUUGAGUCGUUAACACCCGAUUGAAAUGUGGAAAUAACGCGUUUGGCCAUAUUUAAGUCCUUCACUGUCAACUUGAGCUCGCGCUUGCGCUGAAACGUGCGCGUGACCCCAUUUAUCUCACUUUAUCUAUGAUCUGGUGUAAUACACAUAUUUAAAUAUUAAGCGUGAUGUGUAGAUAUCGUUUUGGAAUGUUAACUCCUUUUUAUCUCCGUGAAUGUGCAUGCAUUUAGUGAACUGCCAUAUACUUUUCAGGUUGUCUGGAGGCAUUGCUCAGUUCCUUUGCAUUAACAACAAUAUAUUGACCUGUAUAUUUUAUGGCGGGUUCUAUGCAUAGGUUGUCCAGUUGUUCCGAUCACUGGGGUUGGGAGCUGGCCCAUUUACUGAAACAGCUUAUUGAACGGGCUCGUUUAUUCUGAGCGCAAGACAGGGCAACAUUGUAUAGAUACAGUAUUCGUACCCAUUGGAAUUUCUUAGUUAUUGAUAUGGGUUUUAAAGCAAACUGCAUGGACAGUCAUAGAUCACUCUGUUUCUAAAAGCUCGUCUGCUUUGAAUGAACUAACACCAGUGGACACUUAAUGUCGGUUCUAAAUCUAAAAAUCAAAGGACUAUAAACUGGCAUUGGAUUUGUGCAUUGCCAUAUAUCACUGACUCGGUGACAUGGAUGCAUUUCACUGACUGCUGAUCAACGGUUCGAGGGGAGCCUUGAAUGCAAAGACUUUGGAAUUUUGUAGGACAAAACAGAAGAUUGAAAAAUGGGACCUGCAACGAAGCUGGCGUUUGGAGUGUUCCUUAUUUCCUGCUCCUCAGGUGCCAUUCUCGGCCGAUCAGAGACAAAAGAGUGUGUGUUCUACAACUACAACCCCAGCUUGGAGAACCGAGGAAACCGCAGCGGUAUUGAGUCUUGCGUGGGAGAAAAGGACAAGAGGCUUCAUUGCUUCGCAACUUGGCGAAAUGUGUCUGGAUCGGUUGAAAUAGUAAAGCAAGGCUGCUGGCUUGAUGAUAGCAGCUGCUAUGACAGCACUGAGUGUGUUGAGAAAAAGGAGGACCCGGAUGUGUUCUUCUGCUGCUGUGAGGGCAACAUGUGCAACGAGAAAUUCUUCUACAACCCUGAAAUGCCGCCAGUUAAGAGUAAGGCUCCCUUCAACGACACAAACAGCAAAGUCUUUAAGGCAACAUCUAAAACCUUCACUCAGACGCCACCUCUGUUCAGCACUGUUCUCUACUCCAUCGUGCCCAUCAUGGGCAUCGCAGCCAUUGUCCUACUCUCCUUCUGGAUGUAUCGACACCACAAACUGGCGUAUCCGCCUGUUCUGGUGCCUACCCAGCACGCCUUUCAUAUAAUGAUAGAGGACCCUGGACCCAUGCCCCCAUCUCCCACCCUGGUCCAGAAGCCACUACAGCUGUUGGAAAUCAAAGCUAGGGGGCGCUUUGGCUGUGUGUGGAAGGCUCAGCUGCUCAGUGACUAUGUGGCAGUAAAGAUUUUCCCCAUUCAGGACAAGCUCUCAUGGCAGAACGAGUAUGACAUUUACAAUCUCUCUGGCAUGAGGCAUGAAAACAUUCUUCAGUUCCUCGGGGCAGAGAAGAGAGGAAGCAACCUGGACAUCGAGCUGUGGCUCAUCACGGCUUACCAUGAGAAGGGCUCCCUGACUGACUACCUAAAGGCAAACGUAGUGACGUGGAACGAGCUGUGUCACAUUGCUCAAACCAUGGCUCGGGGCCUGGCUUACUUGCACUCGGACUUUCCAGGACACAAAGAUGGCCACAAACCAGCCAUCGCCCACAGAGAUAUUAAGAGCAAGAACGUGCUGCUGAAGACAAACCUGACGGCCUGUAUAGCUGACUUCGGUCUGGCUUUGAAGUUUGAGGCAGGAAAGUCAGCUGGGGACACACAUGGCCAGGUGGGAACCAGACGGUACAUGGCCCCAGAGGUACUGGAGGGAGCCAUCAACUUCCAGCGAGAUUCUUUCCUCAGGAUAGACAUGUAUGCGGUGGGACUGGUGCUGUGGGAGCUGGCGGCCCGUUGCACUGCAUCUGAUGGUCCAGUGGAUGAGUACAUGCUUCCGUUUGAGGAGGAGGUGGGCCAGCACCCCACUCUAGAGGACAUGCAGGAGGUGGUGGUCCACAAAAAGCUCCGGCCCACUUUCAGGGAGUGCUGGCAGAAACAUCCGGGUCUGGCCAUGCUGUGCGAGACAAUAGAGGAAUGUUGGGACCACGAGGCUGAGGCGCGUCUCUCCGCGGGCUGCGUCGAGGAACGUGUGAUCCAAAUGCAGCGGCAGACCAGCGUCUCCGCCCCGGAGGAAAUAGUCACCGUUGUAACCAUGGUGACCAAUGUGGACUAUCCCCCUAAGGAGUCCAGUCUAUGACUAGAGGAUAUCAGCAUGUGAAUUGCGGCUGACCGAACAGAAAAGCUGUGUCGGAGAUGGUGGUGGACUGCUGUUCUGACGGCUGGCUUCAGACAUGCUGGAGGAUUGUCCUUUACUUAAGGCUGGAGCAAAUGCAGAAGAUGCAUUUUGUGCCGAAUACCUGGAGCCAGCUACGUUAUUGUAUCUGUGUGUGUGUGUGUAUAUAUAUAUAUAUAUAUAUAUAUAUAUAUAUAUAUAUAUAUAUAUAUACUAGUACCACGUGGCACUCUGGUAAGGACGGAUGGAUUAUAAGCCGAACCUCUUUGUUGUCGUUUCUCUGCUCGGAGAAUAAACUUUCACGUUCAAGGAGUAAAGGAGACUUGUCCUCCGCAAGGCGCUCGUGUCAUUUCAGUAUAAAAAGGGCAACGUCCAUGUAAAAAAAAGACACAUUUAAUGUGUUCCUAUGAAUGACUAUUGUAAUGCCAAUAAGAAACAGCUUUUUGAAUGUGUAGUGUGACGCUGCUGUACAAAUAUCAACAGAAAGGGUGAUGGUGAUACAACCCAAAUCAACACGCGUUUCCUCUGAAAGCUUUCAGAGUUUCUGUCAGAUAACCACCAACCUCUCGACAAGGUAUACCUCAGUUUCUCAUCCUAAUAAUACGUUUGUUUUGUAACACUAUAUGAUAUUAAAAAAAGAGGCUUUUCGAUGACCUCCGUUUGGCACGGAAGCUUUUUAAAUACGGGGAAAAACUUUUUUUAUAUGACAGAUUAUGCCAAGAAACGAUGGCCAUUCAUAAACCAGUGUUCUGCCUUCUUUCUUUUAGUUGUUCUCUGUGUUGCCCUGCUGUUUAAAAUGUGAUACUUGGGUUUUUUUUUUUAGCAUUGUGACCGUUUGUUUGUUCAAACAAAUUUUGACUUUAUCGAGACCUGUUGAGAAGAAAACAAUCCCUGAGAAUAUGAAUUUUGUGAAAAUAAUACAGAAGCACUUACCAAUAUAGGUUUGCGGUGUCCUUACAGCAUUGACAUACGUGCAUGCCUUGUUUUCUUUUCUUUCUUUUUGUUCCUUUUGAAAUUUCCUUUGUUUUUCGAACAUUUGUAAUCAUGUGGAGCUUGUGCAUGAGAUCCCAUUAGCAGUCAUGGAAACACCUUCUUUAUUAGUUCAUCUGAUGUUAUUUCCUGUCUUCGGGGGCGUCACUCUUUUUCUUUCAUUUCCAUUUUCAUUGGGAAUCCUCCAAUCUUGGUCUUCUACGGUCUUCUCACUGUCCGCUCCUGUGGCGUUGCGAGUAGAAGACCGCCCUCGUGCGCUGCAUUUGAACCGGCCUUCUCAUGAAGCCCGACCUCACGAGUGACACGUCAAACUGACUUCAGAUCACCAACCAGGCGACCUUCUACACACUUCUACAAGAACUGUCCCUCAGUAUGUCUCAGGAAGCGUUUCCCUUUGCUUUGAGUCCUCUGGUGCCAUUCUGGUGACCCUUGUUAUAUUAUGGAUGCAAGGGCCCUUAAUAUAACACCUUAUUAGUGUGGUCAUAUUAUGUGCAAUAACAUCCUAAGCAGGGGCUGUUUCACAGCUCACAGGCCACUUCCAGUGUGGUAAAAAUACAAGCGCCUAGCAGUUUGCUUAAACCAUAAUGUACAUCACAAACUGAAGACAACGUCAGGCUAUGCAUAUGACGCACGGUUGUCUGAGAGUAUUAAGCUAAUAAUAUGCUGUAAUGGAGAGCGAACACAUGCAGUAACUCUUUGCCGACAGGCUGACACAGUCUUUCAAACGAAAGCUGCUGCUCUUAGGCUUCAUUCACACUGCUCUGGAAUCCAAUUCGAUUCAUUUUGCGAGAGAUUUGAUCCAUUUGUUUCGGACCCAAUAUCAAUCAUUACCAUCACAGUGCAUACUAGAUGACGAAAACACUGCUCUAAUCUGACUAAAUCUAAACCGACUGUCCACAGUGAAAUUGAUAUUAAUCUGACUUCAAACCACAUAUUAAUCUGAUUUCAAUCAGGUUUGUUAAAAAAAUCUUUUUAUGUGGGGUUUUUCCUAUUUAAACCACAAUCAACUGAUAUGAAUCCGAUAUUAAAUGGAUUUCUGCUUCCUGUCCGAACAAGUCCUAAAAUAUGCUUCAGUGGCUCAUUUUGCUCUCAGUAUUAGUCACAUUACAUCCUUAAUGGUGAAAACUGACAAUUCGGGCUGAAUGCAUUUCUAAAAAAAAAAAAAAAAAAAAAAGAUUUAAAACCACAUAUUAAUGUGAUUUGUAUCAUUUUUGUAAAAUUUUUAUUGUUUUUCCGCCAAUCAAACUACAAUCAACUAAACUAAUUUGAAUCAGAUACUAAAUCAGAUUUAUUCUGCCUGUCUGAACAAAUGAUCUAAUAUGAUUUGGUGGCUCAUUUUCAUUCAUUUUGCUUUCUAUACUAGUCACAUCAUCCUGAAUGGUGAAAAAAAAACACAAAAAAAACAAGUAAGAUCUGAUCUGACCAUACAGACUCAACAUAUUUGUAAAAACCUGAUUUUAAUCUGAUUUCAAACCACAUACUGCUGUGGUCUGAAUCCAGUUUGUGGACAAUGCAUUUCAUGUUUGUUUGUUUUAAUCCAUUCAGACUACAGACAUCUGAACUGAUUUGAGUCUGAUACAAAAUCGGAUAUCUGUUGCCUGUCUGAACAAAUCCUGAUAUGAGAUUCAUAAAAUUCAGUGGCUCAUUUUUGGUGUGUUUUGCUUUCACAAUUCUUUUACAGUUUGAUGCAUUUGACAAUGUUCAGGUCCAUACUACAGUAUGCAAUCAAGCCCUUUCAAUGAAAGCUCUCUAUCUCUCUCUACUGUAGCAUUCUCAGCAUGCUCAUUCUGUUUUAUUUCAUCUGACUGCUGUCAGGAUGGUAAAUUAAUACAAGGGGCCAUGCCAUCUUUCAAAGGCCCUUAGUUUCACACUGUAGAUGCAAAAUUUAAGGUCAGUCAGUUAUAAGACCAAACUGAAGUACUGGUUAAUUUGCAGGAUGAGUGCUCUGGUCUGACAGUGUCUCCCGUGAGAUUCUUGUGAUUUAACUUUCGAUUGUAAACACUACAGACGAUUCAAUAAGCUGAGUGACUGCUGCUGGCCUGUUGUGUUUUUACCAGGUGCUGUCCUGUUUCCCUGUCUGUUUUUGGUUUUCUAUUUAGGGAAUCUGGGAUGAAGGUUGAAUAAUAUGUAAAGCCAAACUUUUAAAAGCCCCAUGUUCAGUAAAGGACUCAAUUGAAAAUGCACCGUAUGUAAAUAUGAAUGUUGUUUUAGAUUGUGAAAAGUGCAUGAGUUUUUUUUUUUUUUUUAAUGUCUCAAAAAAAAAAUCCUUAUUAUUAUUAAAUAUUUUAAUGUUCAUUUUGUACAUCUGUAUUUUAGUUUUAUUAAUUUAUAUCAUGGCCCAAUUGUCCUUCUUCUUUACUGGAUCAAUGAGAAGUGAUGCUAUUUUUAAAACUGGUCAGAUAAUUAAAACACUACUAAAGAAUCAAUCCUUUACCUCAGACUUCCACUCACAGCGUUCAGAAGAUUGAACACACAGUGUAGCACGCCAGUAUUGCUCCUGGGAUUCGACCAGCAGCUUCUCUCUCGGUCUUUUCUCUCAGACACUUUUUGGGUCUUCGGUGACCAUGUUUUUUUCUUCUCAACUACACCACUGAGUGAAUAUCUCCACUUUACCAAAACUCUGCAUUUUAGGUGCGAGCAGCUGUAUUACUGUUGUGCUGGACAUGCCAUUUUUGUCCAACUUUCUCUCGAGGAUUUAACGCAUUCAGGGCCUGAUCAGACGUAAUUGUUACAUAAUGUACAGAUGGAAUUUUAUGCUACUAUUCCCCUCAAAUAAAGUAUAGUGACUGCUCUCAAA